AUGACUCUAAAACAACCCUCGGCGGCCCGAUGGCUGUUGAUGUUGAUGCUAUUAGUAUCACUAGUCUCGGCAAAUAACGAAUCGUUACGGUUCAGGCUUUCGGACGGCCAACUGCAUGCCCAUGCUCCUGUCCUUUUUGACGAUGAGUCUCUUCGGCCCACAAUUAUCCCCAUCCCUUCUGAUAUUGGGUUCAACACUUCGCGGUCAGGCCCUCAUGACGACCGGCUCGUAGCACGGGUCUCUGCACCGUCUGUACAUUCACGAGUCACGCAUCACUAUUACGUCCGUGCGAUGGUCGGCUCAUUAUACGAAGCCCGCGUUUGCUGGCCCGCAUCAGUCCCAGCCCAGUUUAGUAUUGCGCUUAGAGAUAAUCACGACGGCAGCGCCAUCCUCUCGGUAACAUACUUACCCGACUAUGUAUCACAGGUGCCAUCGCUCAUGUUACAUUCACCGCUUGAGGGUGCUUACGAAGUUAUUGUCAACUUUGUUGUUCUCGAGAUGCUUCCGCUUGACAUUGCAUGGAUCCUAGUCACGAUCCCAGCAGGCGCAAUUAUCGCCUAUUUUCUAUCAUCAAAAGCAAUUAGUUUUAUUCUAUAA